CCUCGUAUUUCAAAUAAAAAUAGCAGACUGUGAAUAGUUUUGAAUCUUUUAGAAAAAGUGAAAGUGUUUUUUUUUUCUGGUUAAAAGAAGAAAAAAAAAAGAGAGUGAGAUUUCCUUCUCAUCUUAGCGUUUCUUACUUAAAUAAGGAUCACGGUUUUUAUUAAUAAAUAAGUAAAACCACCAGAAUGAUUCAUUGCACCUUGCAGAAGUAGAAGAAACGUCUAAUUUACAAAAUCUCCUCUCUCUUUUACACUGCAAAUACACACCCCUCUUUCUUCGACCUGUCGGUGAUUUUGUUUCUCUUCGCCGCGGAUCCAUUUUGACAGGCAGGAAGCUGCAAAGAAUCUAAAUGUCCCGUGGAAGAGUUCCUUUCAUGGAUCUGAAACGAGCUUAUGAUGUUGAACAAGCAUGCUCUAUUAUGCCAAACACAUUCCAAGAUGAUGAUGAUGAUGAUGGUGAUGAUCUAUGGCCGCUUGGCGAGAUUGAUCCCAAAAAGCUGAAAUUCCCUUGCUGUAUAGUCUGGACUCCUCUCCCUGUUGUCUCUUGGUUGGCUCCUUUCAUUGGCCAUGUCGGUCUUUGCAGAGAAGACGGAGUCAUCUUGGACUUUGCUGGUUCUAACUUCAUCAGUGUUGAUGAUUUCGCUUUUGGUCCUCCUGCUCGCUAUCUCCAACUCGAUCGAAAACAGGUACUUAAACUCUAUUCUAGCUCAAACUUUGUGUCUGUUCUGAUGUCAUUGUCGGAACAAUUGUUUGUAUGUGUGUGUUUGAUUUGGUUGCAGUGUUGCAUGCCACCGAACUUGGGUGGGCACACUUGCAAGUACGGGUACAAACACACGGAGUUUGGGACCUCGGUUACAUGGGAUGAUGCACUGAGCGCGAGCGCGCGUAGCUGUGAACAUAAAACUUACAACCUCUUCACCUGUAACUGCCACUCGUUCGUUGCUAACUGUCUCAACCGUCUUUGCUACGGCGGUUCGAUGGAGUGGAAGAUGGUGAAUGUCGCUGUUCUGAUUCUCACGAGAGGGAAAUGGGUCAGCGCUUCAUCGGUAGUCCGGUCGUUUCUGCCCUGUGCUGUGGUUACGUGUCUUGGUGUGUUACUUGUGGGGUGGCCCUUCUUGAUCGGCCUCUUCUCUUUCUCGAUGUUACUCGUUGCCUGGUUCAUAAUUGCUACUUACUGUUUUAAGAACAUAAUGUCUUGAACCAGUAGAAAAAAAACUAUACAUAUUUAUAUUAUCUUUGAGUUGUUCUCUUUUCCUUUCGGCAUCUUGUAGCUUUCAACUCCAUUAUAUAUAUUACUUCUCAUUGGACUA